AUGGCUAUGACUAGACAGGCAUUUCUUGCCAUGAAUAAAACUGGAAAAAAAGUAAUAAAAUACGUUCUUGGAGAAUGUAUGCCGACUGUGAAAGACAAUGCUACGAAAAUAAGAAUUAAAAAACUAGGAUUAGACACAAAUCUCCUUAUGUAUUUUAACGAAUAUGAAUUUGUAUAUGCCUAUGAUCCAUACAAGUUAUGCAAAACUGGCGAUACCGUUUUAAUACAAAACUUACCAGAAAGAAUGACACGUCUAAUUACUCACAAAGUAAUCGAAGUUGUUUAUCCUUUGGGUGAUAUUACGGAUCCAUUAACAGGCAAAAAAGUAGUUAGUGGAAAAUACAGAGAUCAAAUUCAAGAAGAAAUAAAAUUGUACGGCAAAUUAAAAAGCAAUUUCGAUUACAACGAAGCUCCACCGCGAGGAAGCAUGGAAGGUAUUCGUGACUUUUCUCAUAAAGAAAGUUACAUCAAGUAUUAUGAUGAUCCAAAUGAUCCUCAGAAUUAUGCAGUUUAA